CUCAGAAGCAAUCCCUGUGGAUGUGUUUGAAUGCUUAGCCUCAGUCGGGAGGAUCGUCUAGUCACCGUGCGCGCGGUCUUUGAUUACCUUCUAUCUUCUUCUCCGAGACGCUGCACUCUCCUUCUUCAAAGUUCUGGUGUUAUCAUUUUUCCUGCGAAACCUCCUGCGAAACUCCCCGGCCAGUCAUUUUCUGAGGACCCGAUAUGGCAGAAGGAACCCUCGCUUCAGCAGUAGCACUGCCAGAUCCAGAAGACCACCUCCCGGCCCCGACAGCAGCUGGCCUCAAACGCCGCCAGUCCUCGUCCGCCACAGAGCCAGGAGAGGAGCCUACGACAGCAGCAGAAACAGCAGGAGCAACAGACAGCAAACGUCGCCGACUGAGCUCCUCCGCCUCGACUUCCCACCACCAACCACUCCCCGAACCAGACGCAGACGCAAACACCGACCACCACCAGCCUCCCGUAUCAGACCAAACCCAGGACCGCCCGCCCUCUCCGGAGGAGACGAGACGUGCCCCGCGCCGCCCCGCGCCCGGCCGCAAGGAGGAGGAACGCAAACGCGGUCAGCGGCUGUUCGGCGCGCUGCUGGGGACGCUCUCCCAGAGCUCCUCGAAUACGGCAGCUCAGCGGCGGCGGGCGGAUAUUGAGAAGCGGCAGCAGGAUAAGCUCAAGUUGCAGGAUGAGGAGUACGGCGAAUUGAAGAAGAAGAGGUGGCAGGAGAGGGUCGAGCGACGGAAGAAGUAUCAGAGGGCUUAUGAGGAGGAAGCGAUGCGGACUCGGCAUGAUAAUAUCUUGGCUACGGCGGGGUUUCUAAAGACGAAGGCAGAGCCUGUUUUGUACUACAAACCAUGGCAAUUGCGGGCUGAGGAAGAGAGUAUCAUAGACGAUCAGAUCAAGGAGGCAGAGGAGACUGUUGCUCGAGAAAGGGCCGACUUUGACGCCCGCUGGGCAGCUCGGGUCCAGGAAGAGGAGAAGCAGAAGCCGGAAGCCGCACAGGAUGAGGCCCAGGAGCCGACAGCUGUGCCAGAACCAGAAGGCCAGGAACCCACGAGUGUACCCGAGGAGAAUCCCGUACAUGCAGAACACGCAGGCUCGAAACCCGACGGGGAAGCACAGCAGACCCCACAAGAGACCACGCCGGCACAUGAUAGCACUGGAUCUUUGGGUGAGAGCCACGAUGAUUUGCACCGGGCCCACGACGACGACGGCGGAGAGGUGGUCGAGGACCAGGAGGAUACUGUAAUUUACUGAGAUCUACUUGAAGCUAUGGGGCGCUUUCAUUCAUUCAUGUAAUCUAUGGUGGCCAUUUCUGCAGCGUUUAUGUCUCAAAAGCUAGCCGGUGGAUAAUGGAAUGCACGCAUAUGUAUGGAG